AUUCUUGCUUUUACUUUUCUCACCCACAAUACCGCGUUUUCCAAGGACUUUCCUCUCUCUCUCUCUCUCUCUCAAUAUUUUGCUGUUGAAAAAUCAAACUCUAAUUAUGUUCGACUCUCUUUCUCAAAUCCCAAAUCCCCCAAAAUAUUCUUCUUCAAAGUAAGAAUCGCUGAUUUUUAAACAAAAAAUAAUAAUAAUAAUAAAAUAAAAAAGGGAAAAAUGGCGGAGAACGGCGAAGAGAAAUGGGUGGCCGUUGCGCGCCACAUAGCCAAAACGCUGGGUCGUAACGACACCAUGGCCGACGAUAUCUUGCAGAUAUUCUCCAACUUCGACGGUCGGUUUUCCCGAGAGAAGUUGUCGGAGAAGGUUGGGGAAGAAGAUCCCAGAGCCUGCGCUGCACUCGAACAGACUAUCAAGGCCCUGGAGCGUCAGAUCUCUCAGUACGUCACCGCCGACCACCCGAUCUGGGUUGACUCGGCCGAUUCGUCCGCCUUCCUUGAUGCUAUCGACGAGCUCAUCUCUACCAUCAGGGACUGGACUCCCAUGGCCGGGGAUAAGAUUGUGGGCGCGUGCCUCGUACGCGCCGAGGACUUGAUGCAGCAGGCAAUGUUCCGAGUUGAGGACGAGUUCAGGUUGCUGAUGGAACGGGGUGGCGAGUCGCUCGAGUUGAGUCGGGCGUACGGCAACGGCGGCGAGUCGGCGGGAAAUUUGUCCUUCGAUUCGGAUGACGAAGAGGAGGAAGAAGCGGUGGGAGGUGUUGGAAUCGGGAACGGUGAGGACCACGACCGGAUCCCAACUGCGCGUCCGAUCACCGACUACGACAUCGUGAUCGAUGCGCUUCCGUCUGGAACCAUCAACGAUCUUCACGAGAUAGCGAAGCGAAUGGUGGUCGCGAGGUUCGGGAAAGAGUGCUCUCACGUGUACAGCAGUUGCAGGAGGGAGUUCCUAGAAGAGAGCUUCUCGAGGUUGAGGUUGCAGAAGCUGAGCAACGAAGAGGUUCAGAAAAUGGCUUGGCAAGACCUCGAGGACGAAAUCGAACGAUGGAUUAAAGCCGCGAACGUCGCGCUUCGUAUUCUGUUUCCCAGCGAACGGCGUCUCUGCGACCGUGUCUUCUUCGGCUUCUCGUCGGCCGCCGAUCUCUCAUUCAUGGAGGUCUGCCGCGGAUCAACGAUUCGGUUACUGAACUUCGCAGACGCAGUCGCGAUAGGCUCGCGGUCGCCGGAGCGCCUGUUUAAAAUCCUAGAUGUGUUCGAGACUUUGAGGGAUUUGAUGCCCGAGUUCGAGUCGGUUUUCUCGGACCAGUACUGUUUGUUUCUCAGGAACGAAGCGAUCACGAUAUGGAAAAGGUUGGGAGAAGCGAUUAGAGGCAUUUUCAUGGAAUUGGAGAAUCUGAUCAAUCGGGACCCGCCUAAAGGUCCCGUUCCUGGAGGCGGGCUUCAUCCAAUCACUCGUUACGUGAUGAAUUAUCUCCGUGCGGCUUGUCGAUCGCGUCAGACACUCGAGCAAAUCUUUGAGGAAAAUGCUGGUCCGCUUCCUUCUAAAGAUUACCCAGGUGGGAAGCUCGAUGAUGGAGGCUCGCCUUCGUCGUUGUUUGUUCAGAUGGUUUGGAUUAUGGAGCUUCUGGAGACUAAUCUAGAAGCCAAGUCCAAGGUUUACAAAGACCCUGCUCUGUGCUCGGUUUUUAUGAUGAACAACGGAAGGUACAUUGUUCAUAAAGUGAAAGAUAGUGAAUUGGGAUCGCUUUUAGGCGAGGAAUGGAUCCGGAAACACACUGCAAAAGUCCGGCAACACCAGGCAAAUUACCAGCGAAGCUCAUGGAAUAAGGUUGUUGGAGUGUUGAAGCUAGACAAUGCUUCAUUGGGUCCUCAUGUCGCUGCGAAAUUGAAAGAGAAGCUUAAGUUGUUUAACCAGUACUUUGAAGAGGUCUAUAAAACCCAAUCUACAUUGGUAAUUUUCGAUGAUCAGAUGAGAGAGGAUUUGAGGAAUUUGGUGAACCAACUUUUGUUGCCGGCAUAUCGAACAUUUAUAGGAAGGUUACAGAGCUUUCCAGAAAUAGGGAGGAGUUUAGACAAGCACAUUAAGUAUGGCCCUGAGGAUAUUGAGGCUCGGAUCAAUGACUUAUUUAGACGAAGUGGAGGAUCAUCCGGUGGCCGGAAAUGAAGGUAAGCCACUGAUGAUUGUUUGUAUGUAGCUGAAAGUGUAUGUCUGCAAAUUUUUGUUCUUGUAUGAAUGGUUUAAAAUAUUUGUGCCUUGUAUUAGAUGUUUGCACGUGUUCAACAACCACUUCUCUUGUUGCCAUUAUCAGUGGAAUAGUGGAAGUCACUUUGAAGCGAGCACAUGUUGUAGACUGUAGCAUACUGUUUGAAUUGAAAACUAUUAUACAUAGCUUGGUUAUGCUUAAAUUAA